CACCAACACUAACCACUUAAGUGAUCACUCAUAGCAUAACAUUGUUAUGCUAUGGAUUGAUAUUAAAUAGUUAAGAUUAAUCUAAUUUUACUAUCCUAUCGUAUGAUAAUAAAUAAUUAAGACAAACACGACUUGAUACGAUGGGGCGAGCCCCUUGCUGCGACAAGGCUAACAUGAAGAAAGGUCCCUGGUCGCCGGAGGAGGACGAGAAGCUGAAGUCCUACGUGGAGCAGCAUGGCACCGGCGGUAACUGGAUCGCCCUCCCCCAAAAGAUCGGACUUAAUCGGUGCGGGAAGAGCUGCCGGCUCCGGUGGCUGAACUAUCUCCGGCCGAACUUGAAGCGCGGGAACUUCUCCGCGGAGGAAGACAACAUCAUCUGCAGCCUCUUCGUCAGCAUCGGCAGCAGAUGGUCAAUUAUUGCGACGAGGUUGCCGGGAAGGACCGACAACGAGAUCAAGAACUACUGGAACACCAAGUUGAAGAAGAGGCUCUUCGGGAGCGGCGGAGGCGCCGUCGCCUCCCGGAAGGAGAAACCUUCGCCUCCUGCAGCCUCGAUGGACAACGAAGAAACCAGAGCUCCGGCAGUGGCUCCCUCCUGCGGCGGCGGCGGCGAAGACUCUGUCAGUAAUUAUUCAUCGGGUUGCUCUUCGGCAAGUGGACUCAUGUCGGAGCUGGACGAGUUGCUCCAGUUCAGCUCGGUCGGCUUGGAGGAGAUGGGUUGGCUUUUCGGAGAGGACGGCGAUGAGAGCUCAUUUGCGGUGGCCCCGCCGGCGGUGAACUGAGGGACCCACACAACUAGUAUGUACAAUUAGUGUAGGUCUCAAAUUUCGAAAAUAGUCUUUUGUAAAAUGGAAUAAAAAAAUAUUUUGCCGUAUGACCCACCAAUACGGGAGCCUCGUACGUGCACCCGAUUAUACUUUUAAAAUAAUAAUUAGAACAUGGUUUAUUAA